AUGCAGGUCUUGCCCAUUUCCUCGUCCAAGCCGACACUCGAAGGUCUUCCCAACGAGUUGAUAAUUCUCAUUCUAUUCUACAUACCGGAUCAGGCUUCUCUCAAGUCAGUCGUCUGUUCAUCCCCAGUAUUCCAUCAGGCAUAUCUUGCAGUACGACAGCCAAUACUGUGCAGUAUUCUGAAGACUCAGUUCGAUUCUAUUCUUGAUUUCUCAGAGGCCAUAACCGCCGUAAGGUCCGAGGGUCUCUCAUUUCAUAGUCAUAAAGAAGAAGCCAUUUGCUUGUUAGAUAAGUGGCGUCGCCAAGAAGAGAUUGCUAGCAUUGCGUCUAUCAAGUCAAAUCAAUCAGUUCCAUUGCAUACUUUAGAUGAGAUCAUCAAAGUAUUUCGACUCUACCAGGAGCUGAAUUACUUCCUGGACGAUUAUGCACAGAACGCGCCUCGUCCCUCCUGGAUAAAGCCUACUGAAUGGCACGCGGGAAAGUUGCCUCUCGUGUUAUCCUUGGUCGAAAAGCGUCGCUUCUUGAGAGCUCUAUGCCGACUGCAAAUUUUCGCCAAUGUCUUAGGGUACCCUGAAAGGGGUUUUGAUCUUUCGACCAAAGAUGAAUACUGGAACGACGAUGCUGAUACGGAAAUUGAAAACGAAGCAUAUUCCCUAUUCUAUGGUACACUCCCUCUUUGGGAAAUCGAGGAGAUGGGAUGUGUAUGGUCGUACCUCAUGACAAAAUACGGGCCCAUUUCUGAAGAAAUUUCGAAAGAUUUACGCAGGCUUGUGAAUGACACCGGGUGCUUCCUGUUCCGGCAGAUCCUUCCCGAAUACCAACGUCCACCAGACGGCUGCCAUCUAGAAAUAGUCAGCCAACUCGAUCGCUUCAAUCUCUAUUUUGACAAAUUGGCCUCGAUCGGGCCAAACUUCCUUUAUCGCGUGCUUCAUGCAGAACAUUUGCUCCAGCGCAAUAUGAUCAUGGCAAAUGCCAGAGAUCCAUCAGAAUUACCCUUCAUAGGCUCCGGUCUUGGGAUCAACUGGACUAAUAGGUUUCCAUUCAUUUAUCCGGCAGACCGCCACGAGCCGCCGAACUUUCAACAACUGUGGUCCAUAUUGCCCGCGGUUGAGCAACCCAAUCUUGGCUGGAAAAGAGCAUGGCUACUCCCAGGAAUAACAGAAGGAGAAGGACUAGAGGAUGUUCUUUUCUAUGAUCGUCCGAGUGAAAAAGACUGGGAUUGGGGAUAUGCUAUAUGGGACGCCGAGCGACUAGAAAAGUGGAAAGCUCCUUUAUUAGACGAAGAGUUGCCAGUACAACGCCCAACAUGGCCCAGAAGCCCUAUAUGA